AUGGACGAUAACCCCACGCACGCCUCCUUCGACCACACUGGGAAGAGUCAGACGUCUCUGGAAUCCCCGCGAACGAGGGGUCUUCGCUUCCAGUCUUCCGCUCGAACUCUCUCAGCCACCGGCAAGCCCAACCCCCACCAGAUCAACGCUGGUCCGAUGUCUCGACCACCAGGAAUGCGCGUCGACAGCACGUUGCGAAAAGCCAGCCGGCGAAUUACGAGCCAAUAUUCACUGACGCCGCACAUGUCCAUGCUUCUAGCUGAAGACCACAGUCCACUCGGUCUCCCGAUCGAGAGUCUUCGCCCGGUUUGCUUUGGACCGAACGCGAUCGAAGAAACUCUAGCCCGCCGCGGCAAGCCGGAGAGCCCUGGUGAGGGUGAGCCGCUCUUUUGGGGCCGACUCAUGUUCCUCCUAUGCUCUUGUGGUGCUUGGCGAUGUCGCACGUGUCAGCCCUUGGUGCACAACUCCAGCGAGUUCAGCCCGUGCUCAAGACACGAUUUCGGUCAAUUUCUCGAGGGAUUCCAUCGCGUGGACCGUGAUGAAGCUAUCUUCACCACCAAAAUUUGGACUGAAGUUCUAGAGGUUCACAACCUGUUCAUCGCCAAGUCGGGUAUCCGAUGCCAGGACGCGUCCAAGACUUACAACCUGUCGAUCGGUAUUGAAGGAACGUCCUCCAUGGUAGUGAAUCUCGGCGCUCCAGUCCAGCGCCUGAUGCGCCGCAAGUGCUGUACGUCACAACAUUGUCAAAAUAUUUGCGAGCCUGACGGAUCUUCAGCUAUGGUCCAGCCGUUCCCGCGCCGCUUAUAUUGGACCCCACUUCGGCUGAGCCGCCCAACACUUCGCCAGGCCAAGCCGGUCUUCAUCGACUGGGCGGUGCUGGAUGUGCAUUUGCGCAUGGCCCCUGACUCUAAAACUUGCAUACUUAUACGGUCGGGGUGGCCGUCAACGUGGGUCCCUCUCAUCGGCAGCCUCAGCGAAGCUGUCCAGCAUUUUCCUUUCAACAGUGAUGCCAAGGUGACACUUCAUAGUGUUAUUAUGAGCAAGAAGAUAUUUCAAUCAUAG